AUGGCCGCUAAGGAGCCUUCAUAUUUCGACGCGGUGCCUCUCCCCAGCAUCGCAGUAACUUCACCUACUGUUAUUGUCAAGGUCGGUGCUGAAGGCAAAGAGUACAUCCUACAUACCGAACUCCUUAAGCACCACUCCGGCUAUUUCCGUGGCGCACUAGCCGGCGCAUUCAGAGAAGCCGAAGAGGGCGUUAUUCCCAUUACCGACAUCGAUACCGACGCAUUCGAUGCCUUUGUCGACUGGAUAUACCGCAGUACCCUAAACACCUCGCUACGACUCGGUUCUCCCAAAGCCGACAAAGGUUCUUCCGUCUCAAGUCGAACCUACAUUCUAGCAGAUCGGCUCCUCGUCCCCGGCCUCAAGUCCGCGCUUAUGGACAUUUACUUCGAAUUUUUCCUUCGCCCGAAGAUAGUGGUACCACGCUGCCGCAUGAUCGUUGAACUUUUCGGUAAUUUGCCUGAGUCGGAUCCAUUGCUACGGUUUGUGGUGGAUAUAUGGGUUACUCGCAAGGCGGUUUUCCAUAUGAUUGAUUGUGAAAAGGUGGAUGCGUUGGAUUUACCACAGGAUUUUCUUACACACCACUUCAAGAGCGAUGCUAUGAAGAAGAACGAAGCACCUCGCACAAGUGCCGUUGCCGCAUCAGAGACCGUCGUCAUCGUCUUCAAACUACGCGAGAAGCAAAAACGCUAUACCAUACACAAACGGCUGUUGACAUACCACUCAGGAUACUUUCGAAGCCGCCUUGCCGACGGAUCGGAAAUCUUAUACUUUCCCGAGCUCGGAGAUUUCGAUACCAUGGAUUUCGACAUUCUCGUUGACUGGAUGUAUGAAAGGAGCCUUCCUUCCCUGAUCGACAUGGACAGUGAGGAAAACAGGCUGAACGUUUACCUACUAGCGGAAAAUCUAUCGAUCGGAACCUUGAAGAACGCAUUGAUGGAUAGCCUGUUCGAUUGGCUGUCAGAUGGCUAUCUCAGUGCGUCGAAUGUCGACUUGAUCUUCCAAGGGGACUUGCCCAAGGAUGAUCCUCUAAUCCGCUUGGCUGUAGAUGCGUUCUGUUACAAUGAAGGCGUGGAGGAUAUCAUUGUCAACGGGGAGGAAGGUGCUGAUCACCUGCCACAAGAAUUCUUGGUUCUUGUUCUUCGAAAGAUGCAUCAUCUCAGCAAGCUACCGGAGGCCGAUCGUAAGCUCAAACGCGAGGACUACAAGACCGCUGAGUGUGUGUCACCUGAGGACAAAGACGGAGAGUGA